GGUCGUCUUAAAACUAUACAACCAAUACAAAAUAAUUAUAACAGUAUAACUCUGGUUUGUGAAUGCAAAUUGACAUUUUAGUUGUCCGAAACUUGAUAGGAUGAUUUAAGAUGUUGAAGUGAACACUGUGCAGCUCAAGAAACACGGUCAGGAUGUCCUGGUACUGGAAAAGAUUCCCUCCAACAUGCAGGCUGCAGACGGCACCCUCACGUCACACUACAAGUACUCAGUGAUGGCUGGUACACCAGAAAAGAUGCUUGAACAUCUCCUGGAUAGUCGCCUGGACAACAAGAAUGAGACUGAGAUAGAUGGUUUCCUUAAAGACUUCCUGCUCACACAUGUCAUCUUCAUGCCGUGUAACCACCUCUGUCCUGUCCUGCUCUCACAGAAUCCUUCUAGCAAUCAGCUUACACCUAGAGGCAUAUGAGCCUAUCCUCAUAUAAGUUAGCAUACAGCUAGGCCCUUCUAGCAAUCAGCUUACA